UGAAAGUGAGGAACAAAGAGAACUUCGACACAGAAUGGACAUCUCGACGCUCUGCCUCUUUUUGUCAGCCACGCUCAGUAUCCAUCCUGACAGGUCUCAGUUCUUCCGGUAUGAGACCUUCACUCUGAGCUGUGCAGUGCCAGGGAACUCAAGCAGCUGGACACUGAAGAGAAACACCUCCUCCGGGUCGUUCGUUUCAUGUGAGGUGGGCUGGGGUCGCCUGAGGGGCUCCUCCUGCUCCAUUUUGGGCGUGUACUCGUCAGACACCGGAGUGUACUGGUGCGAAUCCAAGGAAGGGGAGCGCAGCAACGUCCUCGACAUCUCAGUGAACAGUGGUACUGUGCUCCUGGAGAGCCCGGCACUUCCUGUGACGGAGGGAGAUAAAGUGACACUUCGCUGUUCCGUCAAGGGAAGAUAUGAGGAGAAGUCUAAGUCAGAUUUCAAUGCUACGUUCUACAGAAACGGUGUUUUCAUCGGGAUUCACUCUGAAGGGACGAUGAUCCUUCCGGCGGUGUCCAAGUCCGACGAAGGUUUCUACAAGUGUCGGCACCCGACGAAAGGAGAGUCUCCACAGAGUUUGCUGGCUGUGAGAGGUGACGGUGAUGUCAGAGAUCAGCCUGCAGUCGAGCCCACCACUCCUCCCCUCAUGUCUCUGCCCAGGCUGCUGUGCACCGUCCUGCUGUUUGUCCUCUACACUGCCAUAAUGAUCAUGUGUAUAUACCUGUACCGAAGGCUGGCUCGAGCUCGAGCUGACGCUAAAAGAGGAGCUGUUGCUGCUGGUCUCAUAGCAGGAUGAUGAGUCCUGUUUCCUGCUCGGAGGAGGAAGAAAUUACACUGAACAAACGACCAAUUUUAUGCUGACUAAUAUUAUUGUGAACAAAGUAAUACAUAUUUUUUAUUUUUUUCUUACAUUUUAUAUGAUAUUUCUACUAUAACAUGAUGCUUAAAUCAAGGUCACGUUUACAUGGUUUAUUUAAUAAUCUGCACGAAUUGAACCAUGUUGAAAAUAUUCUUGUUCCUGCAUCUGAUGAGUUUUAUGUUUAAAAAGAGUCAAAUAAUCAAUAAGCUUGAUGCUGUAAUCGUUAUGUUAUCUGUACUAAUAUUUACCUGCACUGUUGUUGCUAAGUAACCACCUAAUAAAUAAAUAGAUGGACUUCUGUAGUCUGUGUGAGUUUUUCCCUGAAGUU